AUGUUGGCCUUCGGGAUCGGAGUAAUGAUUCACAUGGACAGUCGGAGGCAUUCGUAUUUCAUAGUCAGAGAUACCGUCCUAGUCUCAACCAUAAACGAUGCCGACCAGGGAUCGGCGGAUGUUGCUUUUUGGACUCCGUCGGUACCUUAUGAGAAAUCAAAGUCUUUGGGUUCCGGGGGGAGUAUGGUCGCACGGCUGAAACUUAAAGGAAUUGACGGAAGGGCACCACAGGAGUGGAGCCUGCGGCUUAAUUUAACUCAACAAGGAGAAACUUACCAGGUCCAGACAUAG